UUUUUUAUCUUUAAAAAACAAAAUAAAAAUAAAGUCUCUUUUUCCUUUUAUCUGUUUGAUUUUAGUCUCUGUUAGGGUUUGUGAUAGAAUGGCAUUGAAUUUUUCGCACCGUCCGGUAUCACCGUUUGGGGGUAUGCAGGAGAAAGGGGGUGAGGGAUAUGAUAUGGGGGGAACACCGGAAUCGAAAGACAUUAUCGAUUUAUUGCCAUCCGAUCCGUUUGGUAUGGAUAUAGAUAUAAGUACUACCUUUACAGCUAUUACAGGAUGGUUAGGCGAAUUAGAAUGGGAUUAUGGUGAUUAUAUGAAAAACCGGGUUGUGAAUUGUAAAGAGGAUUAUGGGUCGUUGUUUGCAGGUUUUAGUUUCUUUUGGAAUAGUGCGUUAAGAUUUCAAUCGUUUCCUAGCGGUUUGAUGUGUCAUCAUGAUCAGUAUCAUAAAGGUUUUAGUUUUGGGAAUGAUGGUUUUGUUGUUAGGAAAUCUGAAGGGUUUGUUAGUUGUCCUGAUGUGAUUGGCAGCGAGCCUCAUGAGGCUUUUGUUCUUGCUCUUAGUUAUUUAGGAAUGAAGGAUCUUCUUGUGGUCGAGCGUGUUUGUAAAUCAUUGUGUUCUGCUAUUCGUAGUGAUUCUCUUUUAUGGAGGAAUGUUUAUGUUGAUCAGCCGUUGAAUGAGAGGAUUACCGAUGAUGUUCUUGUUCGGUUAACUAAGCGGGCUGACGGUAAUCUUCAGUGUUUGAGUCUAAUUAAAUGUCCCAAGAUCACAGAUGAUGGUCUGAGACGCGUGCUUGAAACUAACCCAAAAUUGACCAAGUUGUUCAUUCCGGGAUGUACAAGACUUAGUAUUGAUGGUAUUUUGAAUAACCUGAAGGCUUUUACUUCGAGUACCGGAACAGCUGGUAUUAGGUAUAUAAGAACAGGUGGGUUUUAUGGGAUAACGCUUGAUCACUUUGAAGUAUUGAAGAAUUUGUUGGGCAUUCAGAAAAGUGAUUACAGUCCGCAUUAUUAUCACCGUCCGAACUUAUAUUUGCCAUCUGAUGAUGAUCGUGCUAUUGAUGUUGAAAUAUGUCCUAGAUGUCAUAAUUUGAGGCUUGUAUAUGAUUGUCCGGCUGAUUGUUGUCAACCGAAAGAUAAAUGUAGGGCCUGCAUAAUUUGCAUACCUCGGUGCGCUGAAUGUGGGAGGUGUGUACACAAUAGUGAAUAUGAAGAAACAUUCUCGUUGGAGUAUCUUUGUUCAGAGUGUUUGAAACAGCUGCCAAGGUGUCAAGAGCCACAUGAAACGCAGGUUAGUCUUCUUGGCUAGGUGGCAGUAAGUUCCACAUUUGAUUUAUUGAUGGUUGAAGGUGAGUGAUGUGUCUGAAUCUUUAGUUGGUUAAUGUUAAAGAGCCCCGUAUGGUUCCCUGGUCAAAGGUUGAGACUACUGAAAUAUAGAAGUGAAAAGAGUAAAAAUAUAUAUGGAAGUUGGAUAAAGAAAGGGGUGAUUGGUUAAUGAGCGUGGGGAUACGUUUCAGGCCGUACUUGUUCCCAGUUUGAGAACUUGCAUGCUUUGCUCAUGACCGGGGUGCCUACUUGGCUACUACCUCACAUGAGAAGUCUGUCCCACGUGAUCUGAAGCAGGAUCAAGCUGCUGCUACUUUUCUUGUUAAGUGUUUUUCGUACCUUGUCAAGUGUAUCACACAUGAUCACGAUGAUUGUGCUACUACAUGUGAACAUAAUCAUGAUCAUGUUAAGCUUGGAUGGUUUUUUCAUUGCAUCUAAUGAGACCAGGGGUCAGGAUGUGUAUGCUGAAGAGCGAGAUCAUGAUGGUUCAACCUCGUUAGCAGCUACAAUGAUAUGGUAUGUUCGAAUCAAGGAUACCAUUGUGGAACCCGGUUGGAGCUUUUUGGGUUUGCGCUGGUCCACAUUUACUAGAUUGAGCUGCCCCUGUACAUAGGUAGGGUUUCUUGUCUGGACCGUAUUUACCUACAUUUGAAGGUUUACAGACCCUUUCUUUGUUUUAUGUUGGUUAACCACGUAUUAUUGUUGUAUUUGGCACCUUAUGUAAUGUAUUAACUCUUCUGAUGUUGGUUAUGUUGAUGUUAUAAAAAGCAAAUUCGCAAGUCA